ACCUGCCCGGCGGAUAACCAAUCGCAUGCCGCCACUCAGAGAUCGACCGGAACGCCGACCAAUCACGUGCAGAAAGCCUCCCCUCAGCCAAUGGAGUGCGGGCGGGGGGAAGGGUUUGAGGAAAUUAAGUUCUGCCCCCCGAGUGAGUUGCGCAGCCUCCGGCCGGAGGGCGGAGACAACGAGUCGAAGAAGAAGAGACAUUCACAAUUUGGAAAAUGAAGUUUGUUUUAGGAAUUCAUCCUAAUGCCCUGGCAUAUUCCAUGACCACACUAGGUGCUGGAAUGAUGAACAGUAUCUUUAAUUUCUACUAUGUUAAGCUUUUCUUAAACCAAUACAAGAUUUCAGAAGGAGCAUUUCAUCAAGCACAGGUAGUUUUUAUGAUCUGGAAUGCCAUUAAUGACCCUCUCUUCGGGUAUAUUCAAGACAACUCCAAAGUCCCAUGCUGCUCAAGACGUCAGUUUUCAAUUUUAUAUGGAGCACCAUUGUAUGGUUUAGCUUUUCUGCUUCCCUGGUUUCCUUGGAAACAUUAUCAGGAAGGUGACUGGCUUAAUGGUCUUCACCUUAUUGUUGCUUUAUGUGCUUUUGAUGGCUUGCUUACAUUUGUGUUGCUAGCACAAUGUGCUCUCUUUGCAGAGAUUUCAACUAGACAUGAAAGUAGACUUCAGCUUAUUAAAUAUAACCAAGUAGCAACAUUAGUUGGAUCAACCAGCAUUCUUUUUUGUGGUCUAAUAUCAGAUAAUAUGGAAAAUUUUGCCUAUUUUCAAACCUUUACUGUUUUGGUUGCAGCACUAGCAACUGCUUGUAUGUGUUACACUGGCAUAUAUAGCACUAGUCAGUAUGAACAGAGAGAAACUCCUGUGGAGAACACUAGCUUAGAAAAUAAUGAUAAUGCUCUCUCCUGGUCCUCUGUAAUUUCAUUGACCAAACAGAUAAUGACACAGAAAAACUUUAUACUUUUUGUGACCAUGAACUUCUUUCAAGUCUUCCACCUAGCCUUCUGCAACAAUUUCAUGAUGAUUUUUGCGGAUAAUCUCAUCCCUAAGGAUGUCCUUUCCUCUUUUAUAAGAAGCAUCAUGUAUGGGGCUGGCUUUAUUUGUCCUCAGUGCCUUGUGCUUCUCAGUCAUACUUUGCUGAAGAAGUUUGGAUAUUACAGGAUCAUCUUGUUUUCCUUUUACUUAGAAGGAAUAGCUGCUGCUGUCAUGUUUUUUCUAGGACCAGAACGCUACUACCUGCUGGCUGUUUAUCUCACAACAAACAUGGUAACUGUUCAAGCGUCAUUCAGUUUGUUUAAUCUGCCCUUGGCAGAUAUUGUUGAUGCAGACUUAAUAAAACACAAACGGAGAUCACCACUUUCCUCCAUGGUUUUUGGUACCAAUGCUUUAUUUACUAAGCCUGCCCAGUCUUUGGCUCCUAUGCUUGUGGUUACAAUACUAAAUCAAUUUGGAUAUGAGAACCUGAAUAAUAAAUUUUCUCAGCCUGAUCCAAGUGCAAUUGUAUUUAAACUAAAUCAGGAUAUCAUUAGUAUAAAGGCAAGGUAGGACUUGGCACAAUCUUUUUCUUUUCUUUAGAAAAAGGUAAAAUGCUUGUUAAAGGUUGACAUUCUUAAUACUGAAAAUUGCAGUCCUCUUUAAUAUACAGAAGGGUAAAAUGCAGGCAAAAGCUGUGUAGCUUCACUAUAGCACCCUGCCAAAUUUGCCUCAGCCCCUUCCUGAAGGAACUUUAUAUAGGUAAAUAGUUUACCAAUUCAGUUCUUGGAUUCCCUGCUGGAACUGCCAACAAGAAAGCUAAUUAAUGCCAACCAUGGUGGUAGUUUUUGUGAUGCAUAUACUUAUUUACUUGGAAAUGGAAAGCACCAUUGAACCCAGGCCAGUAAAUAACUAUCAGAUGCUAAAUUGUGAUCACUAACAGUAAAUACUGAAUAUGAACCACUGACCUACCUAUGAAAAGUCCCAUCUCCUGUAACCAAUUGUCUAAGCAGUUAAGUAAUUCCCUUAGUACAACUUUAAUAUUUAAGUUUGUGCCUUGUCUUUCUCACUUGGUAUUAACAUGUGCACAAUUUAUUUAAAACAAUUGUUUAACUUGGAAUAAACUGUGAUUAUAUUGUGUUAUAUAUUUGGAACCAAAUCCUGGUUCCAUUGAAGUCAAUGAGGCCUGGAUUCGGCCUUUUUUGAUUGACUCAUAGGGUUUGAUCCAAAGCCCAGUGAAGUUAAUGGGAGUUCUUCCACUGACUUCAAUCAGCUAUGGAUGAGGCCCAUAGUAGUCAACUUAAACAAUCAUUCUGUUAGUCUCCCAUCUCAUCUCACAGUGCUAAGGAAAAAUAGAAAAUAACGUACUCUUCUUCUUGGAGACUGAAGAAUUUUUUCAGAGACUGUCUCACCUUGAGUUCAGUUACUUGAUAUUUCUUAAUUAGAAUCCAAUAAUUAACAGAUUGCCAGUGGAUAAUUAUCACAGCUGCUAGACAAAUGCCUAGAUGUGUUUCAAGCUGUCAGAAACCAGCCUGUUCAUAAAGCAGUUAUUUUAAUUAUAUAUUAUAAUUUGUAAUACAUAGUUGUUGAUCUGCUUCUUUAUGUAUUACUCCUUAAUAGGGCUUUAGAUUAGGAAAUAUCUUUGCAUGUAUAAGGAUGCAGAAGCCAGAAUCUCAAUGUAACUUUAACAUGUAAUAUAUAUGUAUGAUUUAAUUUUUUAUUUUCCCCUAAAAAACAAUAAAACUGAAUUAAUCUUAAUAUUUUGGUAAAUGCAUAUAGUUUCAUGCAUUAAUCAUGACCUGCUCAUAGCAUUUACCAGGCAUAAGUACAUUAUACAUAGUUAAUGUCUCAGAUUUUUAACUUUUAAAAAUACCAAUAUGUCCAUAUUGUUGUAUUUCCACUUUCUCCCAGUCUUUUAUUCAUUCCCUUUAAAAAAAACUUUAAUCGUACAAAACUUUAUAGGAUUUCCUGCUCUGUAAGGUGAUAUUGUUUAAUACUAAUUUUUAUAUUACCUACCACCGUUGUGUAAUAGACUACUUAAUGGAUCUGUUAGCUUGUCGAUAGCAUAUUAAUAUGCACUCUACUUAUCUUACUCAGCUCAUUUAUUAAUAGCUUAUUUUCUACAAACUACUUUGUGUUGGGGGAGCAAGGGGCAUAAAUAAGUUUAAGGGAGGAAUGAUAGAGCAGUACAUACAUUCAACUCUAUUUUCUGAUUGUAUUUGGCAAUUGCUUUUAUGUUUCUGAAUAGUGAGAAACCAUAUUCCCACUGUGACAUUGGGGAUACAAAAAAUUGGUUAUUUUCAUCCACAGUUUGUAUUUAUAUGCUACUUUUAAUAAAGAUUGUUUAAUCAGAAUCAAACAAGCUGAAUAUCUAUACAUUGAGCUUUUGGUAAAAUACAGAAAAACAUGGGGAUUUUUAUUCCUUACUCACAAGAAUUCAUAUGGUUAUUUUCAUGUUUUUUCUUCCAAAGUAAACCUGCUAUUUACUUCCUUUUAAAAUUGACUGUGCUGAAUAAUCAGAACUAUUUUUUUUAAUCUAUUAAGAAUUGACUAAAGGGGGUGAAAACUGCAUCUUAGGAAAACUGACAUUUUUACCUUCUUUUCCAGUUUGUUUUUAGGUCUUCAUGAUGCUAUGUUCUAUUUGAUCUGUCUGGUUCCACUUUGCAUUGCAGUUAUACAGAUUCUGACGUGGACUCCCUUCUCCAUACAGAACAGUCAUAUGACAGGCAUACAUUGAAUCUUUAACACUUAGUCUGUACAAGAAGGAUUUAGAUUUUGUGUUGAAUUGUACACAGUAGAAUUAAUACAUUUCAAAUGUGAAAAAGCAGAAUUGUACUUAAUGGACUAUUAGACCAAAUGCAAUCUGAGCCAUUAAAUUAAAUCAGUCAUCUUUUUAUGGUGGCUAUAAAACAUAUCAUAAAGCAUUCCCAGCCUUAACACAAAGCCUAUACUUAGCCUUUUCUAGUUCAGUUACCAUACAUAUGGCAAUUGUAGGAAUGCUGGCAAUCUCCAGGGGACUCUACUGAGCAUACUGAGGAAGUGUCUUUACUCACUCCAUUGCUAAAGAGAUAAAGGCAUGUCUGUUGUGUAUAGAUAUUACUGGAUUUUGAGGAGAGUUAGCAUGUUGCAAUGGAUAUGGCACCAGACUGGAAACCUAGUUCCCAGCACUACCACUGAUGUGCUGUGUGUCCUUGAAGGAAGUCACAGCAAUGCUCUGUGCCUCCAUUUCCCCACUUGUAAAAUGGGAACAAAGAUACUUACCCAUCUUUGUAAAGUAAUUUGAGAUCUACAGAUGAAAAGCACAGUAUAAGAGCUAAAUAUUAUUUAGUGAAUGCAUGCGUAGUUGAGGAAUCUGAGGACUUAAGUUAAAGUUCAAGAAAUCAGAGAUAUAAUGAAGUCUUAAGUUAUGGUUACAUUUUCUGCGUCAUGCCAGAGAAACAGUUAUCAACAUGUUUCCAAAGUCUUCUAUAUUUAUAUAUCAAAAGAAUCCUAACAAAAAAUGUUAUCCAUGGACCUGGAUUCUUAAAUUGUCUUUUAUAAUACAACAUUAUUUAUAUACAUGGAUUUUCUGCCUAUUGAUCAUAGUCUAUUUUAAAAAACAAAUUGUAUAACUUGCCUUCCAAUUUAGAAGGAUUAGGGUUCCUGCUGUUUUGUGGACAUAGUUUUUAAGGAGAAAACCUGAAGAAAUGUAAAUGACUUUUACCUGUGAUUCACUGUAUACAUCUAAGUUUUCUUCUUGGUUACUCCUUCCAGUUUGGUAAUAAAGAAGUUGUAUUACAAAUAUUCUUUCCUUAUACUCUC